CAUGUGGGAGUGUCUGAGACAAACAUGGCCACUCCCACUGACUUCAGUUAUAUUAAAAAUAGACAAUCUUGCAGUAUUUGAACGCAUCCCAUAUUCGAUCAAUUACUUUUACUUUGCUUGGAAGGAGAGUUGCAGCAAGGCACGGGAUUAAACUUUGGUGUAACGAUCUGAUUUUUAACUGGUGAGGCGCAGGGCUUAAUUGGUGACCUACAUAUAUUAUGACUCCAGGUUCGAAGCUCAGCUGCAAGAAAUUCUCUAGCAUGGAAAAUGUACCUGUCAUGAAUAUUGGGGCAUCUUGAUAACCCAGGAAUUAACCAUGUUGCAGGGGGAAUCAUUUAAGCCCUGCAAAAUGGACUAAUGUGUGCAAGCAAAUCUUAUCUACUUUUGUUCUUUCCAAAAUUGACCAAAUGCGGAAGGGUUGAUAGUGGUUGCAAAAGAUUGGCUUUACAGGCGCGUUUUUGUACUUACAGAAUGGUUGGGUCUUCUGCUAAAUCUGCAUUGGAGGAAAUAUCAAAUAAUGGGGAGUUUAUACGCACUCCAUCAACUUUUCGUAAUUUCAUUUCAAGGGAUAAAUCAUCUGAAUACUAUGCAGAGUCUGGUAGAUACCACCUCUACAUAUCAUAUGCAUGUCCUUGGGCAUCCAGAUGUUAUGCCAUCUUGAAACUGAAGGGGCUGGAUGAUGCUAUUAGUGUCUCGUCAGUAAAACCGAAAUUUGAAAGGACAAAAGAGGGUGAGGAUCACUUUGGCUGGACAUUUCCAAAUUCUGAAGAUGAAGAUCCUGGAGCAAAACCAGAUAUUUUGAAUGGAGCCAAAACCAUACGGGAAUUAUAUGAACUUGCUAGCAUCAAUUACUCUGGAAAAUAUACUGUUCCGGUUUUAUGGGAUAAAAAGCGUAAGACAAUAGUCAACAAUGAGAGCUCUGAAAUCAUCCGUAUGCUGAACACUGAAUUUAAUGAUAUUGCAAUAUAUCCAAAUCUUGACCUAUAUCCACCUCAUCUGCAAACCCAGAUUGAUGAAGUUAAUAACUGGAUAUAUAAUCCAAUAAAUAAUGGAGUUUACAGAUGUGGAUUUGCUACAAAUCAAAAACCUUAUGAGCAGGCUUUUAAUGAAUUAUUUGAUGCUCUUGACAAAUGUGAGGAGAUCUUGAGCAAUCAACGAUACAUCUGUGGUAAUGUUUUCACAGAGGCUGAUGUACGUUUGUUUGUAACACUUAUUCGGUUUGAUGAGGUGUAUGUAGUUCAUUUCAAAUGCAAUAAGAAAAUGAUACGUGAAUAUCCCAAUCUUUUCAAUUACACAAAAGAUAUCUACCAGAUUCCAGGAAUUUCAAGUACUGUCAAUAUGGAUCACAUCAAGCGUCACUACUAUGGAAGCCACCCUUCUAUUAAUCCACAUGGAGUUGUUCCUCUUGGAUCUGGCAUUGACUAUUCUACUCCUCAUGAUCGUGCAAAGUUCACUGAUUAAAAUUCUAUUUGUAAUUUUAUUCUGGAAUUUCGGUUAACAUUGCUAAACUACUAUAUACUAUGGUGUGACUAUUAAAGGUUAAAUAAUUAGUUUUGAAUCA